UUUGGGGAAAGUGCAGGGGCCCCUGGGCAGUGCCCAGGUGUGCCCUCUCAUUAGGACAGCCCUGAGGAGAAGUAGUACUGCGCAGAGUCCAUACACACAGAACAAGGACCGCGCUUCGUUAUGUGGGAAUCUAAGGAGGAAUCCGCUCCGGGAUUUCCGGACAACCCGGGCAGUGUGGGAUCUGAUCCGGGUUUUGCGUCUCACUUGUGACCAGCGGCGGCACGUGGGAUAAACAAGGAAGGAGUGGAGGAGGGGAAGGAAUCUGGCUCCGGACUCAGGAAGCCGAGACUUGGGAGAGUCGCGACGCCUGGAAAUCGCUCUGUGAGGGGAAGAAAAAGGAUAUUAUGGCCGUCGCUGUUGCUCCACCUGGACUGGAAUAUCUUCUUCAGGUCAAUGCACUCUCCAUGAAACAAACAAGGGCGAGCACAUUCAAGAGCCAUACUACAUAUGACUUGUUUGGCGCCGAUGGCCAACUUGCGUACCAAGCCACCGAGCAGCGGGAGUGUUGUGGUCCUCGGAUGGAUUUAAAGGUGAACAACACCCAAGGAUACAACGUCCUCAACCUUCGCGUGCCUUCAAACUUCUGCGGCUGGGACACCAAGUUGCAGGUCUCCAGUUCCUCCGGGGAGCUCCUCGGCUACAUAUACAAAGAGUGGACAAGUUUUUACAUCAAAUUCGACAUCUUGGAUCCAUCGGGACUUGUUUGUCUUAAAGUGAAAGGUCCAGGAUGGGGGGAAGGCUUCAUGUCUGACCAGGAUUUUAAGGUUCUCUCUGCUGACAGAACCACACAAGUCGGGGUCAUCACACGUGUGUGGCGGGGGCUAAGCAAGGAGAUGUUCAGCUCUAAAGACAAAUAUGCCGUCAAUUUCCCCAUGGACCUCAAUGUCUCCAUGAAAGCCAUGCUGAUGGCCUGCACCUUGUUCAUUGACCUCCUGGAAGAAGAGCGUAGCCGCAGUGAUGAUUCCUGAUCUGUGCCACCAGUGAGGGGGUUCGGCUAACAUCUUCGCGCCAACAUGGAGCUGGGGGGGGGGCGGGGUAGAUGACAUCACACCGUGUGUAUAUAUAUAUUGUAGCAAUCACCCAAACAGAGGACACCCCCCCCCCAAAUUCUCUAUGCGGAUCCAACCCCCCUCUUUGCUGGUCCCGAUUCCACAGCAGUUUUUUUGUUCAGUCCUCCAGGGGGCAGUGCUAUCCCGGGGCUAGCCAAUCACACACCAGAUCUCUGCUUGCUUCAUUAAAAAAAAAAAAAAAAAAAAACACCCCUCAGGGACUGAACACAAGGGCAACUCAGAACAAAAAUCUACUGCCUUAUCCCUUCGUAAAGAGAUAUCCGUGUUCCGUACAUUCCACACACAUAACGAUCGGCUGUACGAAGAUCGGCUGCUUUUACAUUUUCAGAUUAUUAAAUAAAUAUUGCGAGUAUUUUAAAAAACUUCAAGGUAAAAAAACGCUAGUGAUUUUGGGGGUUACUUUUUAUUAUAUCAGUGAACUGUAUACUCUACACAGUCAUUGUCAGGCAA